CGCCGACUCUUGUUCUGUCCCACCCUUCAACUACACGAGACCUUUGCUGCGUCUGAAUAUGACCGCCGGUGUGACCCCAACGCCACCUGCCAACGACUCACACCUGCCCUGGCAAUGCACAUCAAACAAGAACUGAACGAAUUCAAAUUGACUGAAAUGGCUGUUCAUAUUGAAAGCCGC